AUGAAUGGUCCAGCUUGCAGUGCGGCUUUUUUCGGCGGCAAACUACUCACCCAUCACGUUGGCAGACCAGUAAUUAAAUCUCAUGUCUUUUUUCUUGCCUCUCUACUGUUGUUAUUCCACCAAAACCGCGUUUGCUUUUGUACUUCCUUUCGGUUCGGAUUAGCAUCGAGACCGGAAAAAGUCUUUUGUGAUAACCCGCUAGUUAUAGCUCGCCGCAUUUUUCUGUUUGAGUUUCGUCGCCGGACCUCGGCUUGUUUGCAUUGCUCCACCCCGACCGCCUCAUUAAUAGCGAAGUUCCACCAAACUUGCCGGUUUUAG